GCCUGGACCUGGGGAGUGAAAGCGAAAGCACAGGCGGCGAGCCGGGAGACCUGAGAUCGAGAAACUGGAGUAGCAUGGCCAAGCCUUGUGGGGUGCGACUGAGCGGAGAGGCCCGCAAACAGGUAGAUGUCUUCAGGCAGAAUCUCUUCCAGGAGGCUGAGGAAUUCCUCUGCAGAUUCUUGCCACAGAAAGUCAUAUACCUGAAUCAGCUCUUGCAAGAAGAUUCCUUCAAUGUGGCUGACCUGACCUCUCUCCGAGCACCACUGGACAUCCCCAUCCCAGAUCCCCCACCCAAGGAUGAUGAGAUGGAAACAGAUAAGCAGGAGAAGAAAGAAGUCCCUAAGUGUGGCUUUCUUCCUGGAAAUGAGAAUGUCCUGGCCCUCCUUGCUCUAGUUAAGCCAGAAGUCUGGACUCUCAAAGAGAAGUGCAUUCUGGUGAUCACAUGGAUCCAGCACCUGAUACCUAAGAUUGAGGAUGGAAAUGAUUUUGGGGUGGCAAUCCAGGAGAAAGUGCUGGAGAGGGUAAAUGCAGUCAAGACCAAAGUAGAAGCCUUCCAGACAGCCAUCUCCAAGUACUUCUCAGAACGUGGGGAUGCUGUGGCUAAGGCCUCCAAGGAGACCCAUGUGAUGGAUUACCGGGCCCUCGUGCACGAGCGAGAUGAGGCGGCCUAUGGGGAGCUCAGGGCCAUGGUGCUGUACCUGAGGUCCUUCUAUGCUGAGCUUUAUCAUAUCAUCAGCAGCAACCUGGAGAAAAUUGUCAACCCAAAGGGUGAGGAGAAGGCAUCCAUGUACUGAGCCCAGGACUAGAAGAGAAAUAAAUGACCUAUUAUUCUGUGUGGAUCA